GAUAGUGCGAAACAUAAGAGGAGAACGCCGCGGUUUAUAUAACGCUUUUUCUCGCCACAAUGUCAGUAGAAGAGGAGGAGAACGCUGCGGAGCUUAAAAUCGGAGAUGAAUUUCUCAAGGCGAAGUGUCUGAUGAACUGUGAGGUUUCUUUGAUUCUUGAACACAAGUAUGAGCAGAUUCAGCAGAUGUCUGAGGAUCCAACAAAUCAAGUUUCCCAAGUGUUUGAGAAGUCACUUCAAUACGUGAAGCGUUUCAGCCGGUACAAGAACCCUGAUGCUGUGAGACAAGUUCGAGAAAUCCUGAGUAGAUAUAAGCUUGCUGAAUUCGAGCUUUGUGUUCUGGGAAACCUUUGCCCAGAAACCGUUGAGGAAGCGAUUGCCAUGGUCCCAUCCAUUAAGAACAGAGGGCGUGCACUGGACGAUGAGGCAAUUGAGAAGAUGCUAAAUGACCUCUCAUUGAUAAAGAAAUUUGAGUAGAGCACCUUCUCCAUUUUUUUCAGUUGGUUUGCCAUAUUUUAGACUGUACCUCUCAUUUUAAAUGUUCAUUGUGUAAGGUUUCACAGUAUUUUAUUAGAAUUAGCUUUAUGAAUUUUAUUUUAUGUUCUUAGUA